GGGGCCGCGGGGCUCGGCAGGGAGCAGCAGAGGGCGGACAGAGCGCGGAAGAAGGCGCAGGACGCGCUGCAGAAGCGGCAGCGCCGGGAGGCGGCCCAGGCCCUGCGGCUCCUGCGGCCCGAGCAGUGCCUGAAGUACGUGGCCGUGUGCGUGCACCCAGGUCUUCUGGAAGAUCCUGGAUCAGAUGCCUUGAUUGAAGCUUUGAGUUCCUUGGAGUGUAGCUACUGCAUUGAGCCUCAGGCAGUGCCCUACAGUAUAACCUGGAGGAGAAAUAUUCCUCACAGUUUAUCCAGUACAGAUGGUCCCACGAUGAAGUCUGAAGAGGAAAAAGAGGUGCUGGUGCUGGUAGAUCCGAGGGACUUUCUCAAGCGUCUUUUUUCUGUAUUUCAGAGUCUAAGCGGUGCUCCAUCAGACAGCAGGCCUGAUCUCAGCCAGGUGUUGCCUUUGGAUGGUCCGGAGGGGCCCCCCACAAAAAAUUGCAGCCUGGCUGUCAUUGGACUGGAUGCCUACAGAUGGUACAAUCGGGGUUGGGACAGGCAGCAGGCACUGUGCUCUGGAGAACAGGGUCAGCAGGAGGAUCCCAGAUUCCAGCCUUGCCCAGAGCUGUCAAUGACAAAGCAGGAGAUAGAGGAGGUGCUGGUGGUGCUGCAGCUGUGGGCUAACACUAUGGUAUCAUUCCUGGACACGUGGCAGGAAUUCAGUCAGCAUGUCUCCGCACUGACUAAAGCAAUAGCAAAACGCCCAUACAAGAAACAACGGGAGACUGAAUUAUUCUCCUUCUGCACUGAUGGGAAGUGGUCCAGUGGUGUGCGAGUGGAGAAGGAUGGGACAGGACUCCGACAGGCAUGGAAGAGACAAAUCCAGCAGUUUAACAGAGUCAGCCCUGCUGCGGCAGCAGCCAUAGCAGAAUUCUUAAGGGAAGAAUUGCUGGGGAAUAUGAACCAUGUGUCAUUUCUCCCUAGGUACAAUCGGGGUUGGGACAGGCAGCAGGCACUGUGCUCUGGAGAACAGGGUCAGCAGGAGGAUCCCAGAUUCCAGCCUUGCCCAGAGCUGUCAAUGACAAAGCAGGAGAUAGAGGAGGUGCUGGUGGUGCUGCAGCUGUGGGCUAACACUAUGGUAUCAUUCCUGGACACGUGGCAGGAAUUCAGUCAGCAUGUCUCCGCACUGACUAAAGCAAUAGCAAAACGCCCAUACAAGAAACAACGGGAGACUGAAUUAUUCUCCUUCUGCACUGAUGGGAAGUGGUCCAGUGGUGUGCGAGUGGAGAAGGAUGGGACAGGACUCCGACAGGCAUGGAAGAGACAAAUCCAGCAGUUUAACAGAGUCAGCCCUGCUGCGGCAGCAGCCAUAGCAGAAGCAUAUCCCUCCCCAAGCCUGCUGCUUCAGGCCUAUGAAGAGUGCAGCACAGAGAAUGACAGACUUCACCUGCUGAGUGACAUCCAGGUAAAGCCAGAGGAUGGUGGGAGAGAACGGCGGAUUGGACCAGACAUAUCACGCCGAGUUUAUCUUUUCAUGGUGUCCACCAGUCCAGACCUUGUUUUGGAUCUGAGUGCGUAGUGGGGCUCAGAAGGUGGGAGAUGGACCAGUUAUUACAUCUGUGGAGACCCAGCUGUGGCGGAGGAGCUAGUGGUACAACCAGGAUACUGUGAGUCCUGUGUGGGGUGGCUGCAGAUUCUUGUGCGGGAUGAAGACUUGCAGCUCAAUAAAUGUCUUGUUAUAAAUGCU